ACUAGUAGAACAAAUUAUUUGCUGCCAUUAAUCUUUACAUAUGCCAAGCCCUUACUGGAAGUCCAAGAUACUACAUCAAGGUCAUAAAGACAACAAGAAACUCACUGGAUAUAAAGAGUUUAAAUGACUGACCCAAGAUUUGAGUGUUGCCACGUUAGUGAAUUGUAAUUAUUGUUUUGGUUGACUACUUUUAACUAUGCUUUGGACUCUGGAAAGGACUACGCAGCUUGGUGGAUCUAUUUAAAAACAUAAAUGCGCGCGUCUGCUAUAUACGAAAACAAUUUCAAUCAAUUAUAAUACUAAAUCACGUGUUUUGACUUUUAAACUCUUUCCACUUUUGGUCAGUGAUUAGAUCUUCAAAUGAGAAAAGAAAACGAGGACAGGUUUUGAGGAAUUUAGUUUUUGGUUGCACAAUUUGAAGCACUGGUGUCUACAAAAAGGAAGAAAACGAAGAAAAAAGAAAAGAAAAACCAGUGUGGAUUGCACCUGUCGACGAAACUUUAGCCUAAACUUUAAUUUCGGUAAUGAAAACGAGCAAACGAAUUCAGAUUUCAAGGGAAAAUCUCAUAUUUUACUGCAAUUGGUGGGUGUAAGUAAAUAUUUUUCGCCAAGGUUCAAAGACUAGACUUCAAAUCCAUGACACUACAAUAUAAACGUCGACUCAGAAGGAAUGAAAAAAACAAAGACGACAAGCUUAUAACUCUGAAUGUCAGUGGUCGGAGGUUUGUGACAUGGGAAAGUACGCUUAAAAAACAUCCAUCGACUCUCUUAGGGAGCGAGAUGCUAUCAGUGUUUUUUGAUAGGAAGCACAGAGAAUACUUCCUAGACAGAGAUCCUCACAUGUUUCGUUAUAUCUUGAAUUUCUACCGCAUUGGAAAACUUCAUAUGUCUUCAGAAGACUGCAACGAGUCGUUCAAAGAUGAGCUUAAUUUUUACGGUAUUUGUACGACAGAACUUGAGCCUUGCUGUUGGGAAGAUACUACUAAAAUAAGCAUUAGAAAGAAAAAAAGAACUUGUGCUGGAAACAAACCAGUAUGGCGUUCUAGAAGAGAAUACUUAUGGUAUCUCCUAGAGGGGACUGAAACUUCCAAUCUCGGCAUCGCAAUCCAGUCAUUCAUUGGGCUAUUAAUAUGUUUGAGCACAGUGUUUACAGUCGUUGAGACAACUCCAUGUGGGGAUGGUCAACAAUGCUUGGACAAAUACCCAGAGAUAUUUUCACUGUUGGAGGCAUUUUGUGUUGGUAUCUUUACGUUGGAGUAUUUCAUUCGCUUUUACGCUGCUCAGAAAAGAAUGGCCUUUGUUUUUAGUAAACUUAGUAUAAUAGACUUAAUGGCAUUCAUCCCAUUCUAUAUUGAUUUGGCGAUCGCCAAUCUCUCGUCCGAUAAAGAAAAGAUUGUAAGUCUAAGAAGCCCUUUCAGUGUUUUCAGGAUCCUGAGGAUUAUGCGCAUGCUCAAGUUAUCGAGACUAUUUCGGCACAUGCGCGUUGUUGGACACAUGCUAAAGAGAGCGAUUGUGGACCUGGGGUUUUUAUUUUUUGCGUUCUUUCUGGCAAAUUUAAUGUUUUCUACAAUGAUGUUUUAUACCGAGUACGAUGAAGGAAGAGGAAACUUCACGAGUAUUCCUGAAACGAUGUGGUACACAGUCGUAACUAUGAUGACUUUAGGCUAUGGAGACAUGGUUCCUGUUACAGUAGCAGGCAAAGUAUUGGGAUCCCUGUGCUGCUUGAUGGGAAUCAUGAUGUUGGCUUUGCCCACUACAAUGAUGCAGAAAGGUGCGAGCGAAGGGAAGAAAGUUGGAGUGUACAGUAACCUACCAAAGAACCUGAAGUAAAACAGUGCCACAAUUCCUAUUGAAAAAUGCGCGAAAAAAAAGGAAUACAUUUGGAAUGUAAACAGCAUGCUACCAACUAGUGCCUGGCUUCUGUUUGCGCGAGAAAACUGUGCAGUGUAAGCAUUUAUCAUGCAAUGGAGGUCUCUAGGUAACGACACACAUGAAAAUCCUAGCAGUACUUUGCGAAAUUGUGCGCACGAGCUGCAGAAGUGAAAAAAAAAAUAGCGCAAAGAUGUUUAACUAGUAAAGUUAGCGCUGGAUAAAGCACCUCAAAAUUAAGAGUUCACCCCAAACAUGUUAUAAUACUGUCCAUACGUAAAUAAAAACAUAUCUAGUAUAAUGUUAUCGCAAAGAAUAAACUCACUAUAAAAAUUCAGCCACACACGAGAAAUCACCGAUUCGAUGGACACGACUAAAAACAGGAAAUAAACCACACUUUUAUCUAUUUAAA